AGCACUAGCUCUCUAGGCAUAACAAGAGUCACGGUUACGUAUCUCUUUCCGGUAUUUACUCGCGAAUCGCUAUUUCUGCCAGUUUGUCCGUACAUUGUUUUUUUACGUAUGAAUACAAGUCCUACGAAGCAACAUUUUGUAUACAAAUUUUUUUUCUCCUACAAUCUGACGGUUCACUUUCAUUGUGUGUACACCUGUACGUAUAUGUAUGUGCGCGUGCGUGUAUAUUGCUUCACGAACCAUUCGCAAAUCGAGUUAACUUUCCGCACUAUGCAGGGUGUUGUAUUUCUCUCCUAUUUCCCUCACUCCUUCGCUACGUCAGUCUCGUAAGUAGUAGCGAGAGUUGAAGCCACAAAUUUUUUACUCAUUCGCGCGCGCUUCAACCCUCUCAACUCCUAUUUGUCAUUUGUCUCUUUUAUUCGCCACUUUUAUCUGUGAUUUUUUUCCUCGUCCUUUAUUGCCUUUCUCGUCUCGCUCUCGAUACUCAAUGUAUACGCGCGUGGUACUUCCAUAGUCGAACUUCCCUGUUCUGUCUAUCCACUCCGUGUGUCUUGUGUGUAUGUGCGCGUACUAUAUUGUACCGCAAGAAGUGGUUUAGACACCGAGGAAGAAGAAGAGGAGACUUCAGACGGCGACGAAUCGCGAAUGUAACGUUAUAUACCAUGGUCUGAUAGCGGCUCAUCAUGACCGUGGACUUUGCCGAUUACUUUUGGGGUGACAAGAACAAUGGAUUCGACGUGUUGUAUCAUAAUAUGAAGCAUGGAGUCGUCGCGAGUAAAGAGCUGGCCGAUUUCCUUCGGGAGCGAUCGGCUAUCGAAGAAAACAAUUACAAGCUCCUCAGUAAAGUUGCGAAACAGGCGAGCAACAGUAGCGGCGCUUUGGGCACAUUCGCACCUGUUUGGGCGGCGUUGCGCGGCGCUGCGGAAAAACUUGCCAGUCUCCAUCUGCAGAUGGCCCAACGAGUCUCGGAGCUCAUCAAGGACGUUUCCAAAUACGCGGACGAAUUGCACAAAAAGCACAAGGCUGUGAAAGAGGAAGAAUCAUCGACUCUCGAGGUCGUUCAGAGUAUACAAAGCAUCACGGUGACGUUGCAAAAAGCUAAGGAUAUCUGUCUACAGAGAGGCGUUGAGCUCGUGAAACUGCGAAAAGACAAUGUGAGUCAGCGAGAACUUGAGAAAUCGGAGGCUAAGUUUAAAAAAGCACAGGAUGAUUACAAGGCACUUGUGGACAAGUAUACCGUCGUCCGCAACGAUUUUGAGACCAAAAUGAGCGCCGCCUGUAAACGAUUCCAGGACGUCGAGGAAACUCAUCUGAAACACAUGAAAGAAUUUCUCAACACGUACGCCGACGUAUUACAAGCGAAUCACGAACAGGUCGGACAAGUCCACAUCGAUUUCAAACGACAGUGCCUAGAUAUGACCGUUGACAAAUUGUUGGAACAAUUUGUUCAAAGCAAAUACACCGGUUUCGAAAGACCCGGUGUUAUCGAAUACGAGGAGGUAAUAACGAGCAUCACCGAAAUGACGAGUCAGAAUCAACUCGAGGGAAGCAACAGCGACGUCACGAAGGAAUCAACGCCGAAAAGCGCCAACGGGGAAACAGGCGUUGCUGGGUUUCUGAGAAGCAGACGAGAAAAGAGAAAAGAGAAAAAGGCGAAAAAGAAGAAGGAUUCAAUCGACACGAACAGCAACAAAGAAGAAAAGUCUGACCUAGAGGAAAAAGAUGAGAGCAGAAAAUCCGAAACUCCAACACCGGAGGUCGACGAGGACGGUUUUUGCAUAAGACCGAAACCUGAUCCUUGGGAAAAUGAGAAAGGAUUUUACUCGUCAUCGGACACGGAAUCAGAGGACGAGCGUGAGAGAAAAAUUCGAGUUGAGAUAAAACCGUUGAGCAACGGCGGUGCACCGAUGAGUGCGAGCGUCGACGAAUUACGAGCUACCGUUGAAACUUUAUCGUUAUCUCCAGCUCCCACAGGACGUCGAGGAUCGAACACGGACUCGGACCAUCACAUGAAGAGAUCACAAUCGGUGUCUCAACAAUUGGGAGGAAAGCCAAGUUCCGAUUUGCUCGGUUUGAAUCUCUUCAAUCCGAGUAGCACCCCGUCGAGUGCAUCGACCCCAACGGGAAGUCAUCCCUAUGCACCGUUGCAAAGCCCACCGGCUCUAUCGACGUCACCGGUGCCUCAACCGGUGCCACCGAUGUCCGCACCGGCGACUCAAUCUCACACACGAUUUCCCGAAGGAGAUUUAUUCUCGGAAGUUGGUGACAUAACGCCAGCCUUGCCGCCGAAACAAUCGGUAUCGUCGACACCCACCGGCUCCAUAGCAAUUCCAAGACCACCUUCGCGACGCGGAGAAGGAACGACCCGAGGAAGAAUGUCACCGGCAACUAUUUCACGAGCCGAUAGCGUUGCGAGUUUGGAAUUUCGCACGGCGGGCGUAGGCGUAGGAUCUUCCAGGGGGCCUUCACCUUUGACGAUCGGACUUGCCGAUACAAUUCCUCUCGCCGUUGCCUUCCACGAGAUUAUACACUCGUAUUUCCGUGGCACUGACGAAACCCGCUGUCAAGUUAAGCUCAGCGGCGAUAUGAUGCUCUCUUUUCCCGCCGGGAUCGUCGCUGUACUUGCCAAUAAUCCCAAUCCGGCAAAGCUUACUUUCCGAGUACGAAACAGUAGCAGGCUCGAGAGGCUCUUGCCCAACAACCAACUUGUCAGCAUUGACGCGACCCAAACCACCGUGGAUAGUACAAUCUUUGAGUUCAACAUGAGUGCCUUAACCACGUUGCUUAGACGUCAAGCCGAACAAAAUCCAUCGGCUUCGUAUUUCAACGUGGACAUUCUCAAAUACCAAAUUAGGAAUAAGGAGGGAGCGGGCUCGUGUCCUUUUCAAGUUGUCGCCUACUGGAAAUGCGAAUCUACGCACACGGAUCUUAAGAUUGAUUACAAAUACAACAGUCGUGCGAUGGCUUCGGCAAGUCCAUUGCUCAAUCUCCACGUAGCUGCACCUAUCGAAGGUGGUUUCAAGGGACUUCACAGUAAACCAUCCGCUCAAUGGUUACCGGACACGAAUCGCUUGUUAUGGAAAUUUACCGAGUUGUCACAGCACAGCGAGGGUAACGGCGUUGGCUCGUUAAAAGCGAGGGUCGAACUCGAGAACGGUCCCGGUACUCAGGGUACUAUAUUUACACAGUUUAACUGCGAGGGGACGACUCUAUCGGGUGUCGAGUUUGAGCUGGUUGGUCCUGGAUACAGACUCAGUCUUGUUAAACGACGAUUUGUCUCAGGAAAAUAUAUAUGCGACGGCGAUUCGGAUCCGAGAACCCGUUACGCAGCUCCACCUUCUAGCACCGAUUGACAUCUACCCGACUGGGCACCCAGUUGGGAAAGUAUGCCCACUUGAUCGUACCCGUGCUAUUGAAAAGAAGACCGUUUUUGCUCACUGCCGACACCUCGACGAUCGAAUUGUUCAAUACGAUCGUCAAUGUACGACGAGCGGCUCAAGAGAGAAAUAAGCAAACAGAUCAAUUGGCGAGUUAAUAACAAUACCAAAGAGGAACGCGUUUGUUCCUGGGUAUACAUCGAUGGCCUCUUCUCGAAUACAAUUCUUUUUUUUUUUUUUACAUAUACAUCAUUAUUAUUACCUAUGGUAUAACGAAACCCACGCAACAGUACAAUUAACUGCAAAAACUAUAUUAUUAUUCAAUUAUUUCCAAUAUUAUUAUUAUGUUAUUUACAUUUGUGUGCGCGUAUUUGUACACGAAUCCGAAAAAUUCAUGGGUCGAGCGCGGCUGUACCAGGAAAAACGCAAAUUUUUUGACCGCCAUAAGUACGCCGAUUUACCAACCAUUUUGUAUAACGGAGCUUUGUUUCGGGGAAACGAACGAACAUCAUUUCAGAAGUGUUUUCCAUUAUUCGCUAUCCGGUUUUGUGGAAAAUUUGUUACACAUAUCUGAAAAAGAAGGAAAGAAACUGAAAUCGUCUCCGCUAUCCACACGGCCAAGACUUGAAUUUCUUUUUUUUUCGAACUGACGACGAUUUAUUCCGAAUCUUUGUUGACUAUAAUUGACACAAAGUCUCUUUAAAAAAGAGAAGGAACUGCUUUCGAGAUUCGAGAAUAAUAAUAGUAAUAAUAAUAAUGAUUAAAUAAUAAUACUAAUGAUAAUACUCCGUUUCGUUCGCCUUAGGAUCGCCGCUAUUAGUCCCUAAUAGGGAUCGAGAGUAUUAAAAGCCUUUUGGGGCUUGAUUCAAAAAAAUUGUAUCAAUAUGCUUUAGAAAGGGGCCCAAAAAAGAGAAACGUGAAAAAAAACUUAGUCCAUUCCCUCUUUAACCGUAAGACUACGAUAAUCUUUCUCGAGACCUUAACCGGGAUCUGUAGUGUAAUUUUUUCGGAGCUGUUUCGAAAAAUCUGCCUCGAGAUUCAAUUAUUUUUUCUAUUUUAUUGAUUUCAAAGUCGAAUUAUUUUUUUCAAGCUCGGCCAUUUUUAAUGUCUCCAAUAAUAAAUUGCGAGAAGGAAGGAGCCCAGACGCGCGCUUCACAGCGUAUAGGCUAUAUUGACGUGUCACUUGGACGUGCACGUAGUUAUAUAUAAUUUUUAAUGAAAGAAAAUAUCAAAAAAGAGAAUAGAUAAAAACGAUACAAGGCUAUAAAUAUAAAAUAAAUAAAGGAAGAGACAACUGACCGAUAUUUUUAACUAUAAGGCUGAAACUAACUCGAUUCCUAUCGGUCCGGCACACACACACGUGCGCGCGCGCGCGUUAUCUCUUCCAUUUCUUUUUUACCAUCGGUUUAUUCAACCAUCACGCACUGCUGAAUGAGAGAAGGAAAAAGAAACAUUUUUUUAAUACGCGUAUUAAUUUGAAGAUUUGACUGAGCGCUCCUGUGAUACGCGAAAACGUCACUAAAAACAAAAAAGUUAAAUAAUUCAAUCGUAUCCCCGUUUGUCUUGGAGUUAACGUCGCCGUUUUCAAGUGUGCGUUGAAUGAUUAAUUUACACUGGAAUAUCGCCUGAUUCCUUUUGCUCUUCAAUAAGUAAAAAAACAAAAGAACAAACGAGCGACGUACUUGGGCUUUAAAUGAGAAAAGAAACUAAACGAGGAAGGGAUCGUGUGUACAGGGCUGAAAUCUCUCGAUAGCACGGACAAUGCGAGAUGGACGCUGUUUAAUGUGCAAUCACGUAUAACAAAAAUGUAUAAAUCAAGUUAUAUACAUAACGAUAAUACAUGCUAAAGUAAACGAAUACAAUAACAUAGAGCGAAUACGAAAAAAAUGUUUAAAAAGAAACGAUCAAAAGGAGAAAUAGAUUCAUACAAUGUACACACAUUCACUCACUCACGAAGACACGUUGUUACGAUAGAAUGGUUAUUGUAAAAAAGGAAGAAACGAAUGAUCCAAUUGGCAUGUAAUGUCUGUGCUAAUAAAGAUCUAGAAUAUUUUAUAUAAA